ACGGUCAACGCGGAGCGGCGCGCGUUCUUUCCUCAGAUUUGAUUAGAGGAAAUAUGUAAGAUAUAACAGUCAGGGUUGCUCUGAACCGAUUAAUCGCACAUAAACUAAUAUUAAAUGAUAUUACAUGCAUUGUAUUGUAAAUAGAAAACGGCGUCAUAGAUGUAAUGACGAGUUUUGCGGGAGUGGCGUGUUCGUGAGCGCGCAGCCUUUGCGGGGUCGCGCAUGUCCGGAGGGAGAGCGGAGCGCGCAGGUGAUCUCUCAGCACCUGGCUCGUGUUCUUCGGUACAGGUCGUGUCAUAUUAAAAGAGUAAUAUUAAGCAUGGGCACCGGUGGUUUGGGUUUGUGCACAUGAUGAUCUUCCUCAUCCUCGCUGAGUAUGGCGGAAUCGGAUGCUGUGCAGUUCAUUGUGAAUCGAGCUCAAUGCAGCAUGGCUAACAACAAGAAUAGCACACUCCGUUGUACUUUUUCGGCCCCCGGCCACAGUAACACUCUCCUGAGGGGGUUGUCUGCAUUACGCGCUCAAGGUCAAUUGCUGGAUGUGGUUCUGGCCAUUGAGAACGAGCGCUUCGAGGUUCACAAAGCUGUUUUGGCUUCCUGCAGUGACUACUUCAGAGCCAUGUUCACUGGAGGGAUGAAGGAGUCAAACCAGGACACCAUUGAGCUAAUAGGUCUGUCACCCAGAGGCCUGAAGCACAUUAUUGAUUUUGCCUACAGCUCCGAGGUCACGCUGGACCUGGACUGCAUUCAGGAUGUUCUCGGAGCGGCCGUGUUCCUACAGAUGGAGCCUGUUGUGGAGCUUUGUGAGGAGUUCCUCAAAUCGGCAAUGAGCGUCGAGACUUGUCUGAAUAUCGGUCAGAUGGCCACUACUUUUAGCCUCUCCUCCCUCAAGCAGUCCGUGGACACGUUUACGUUUCGUCACUUCCUGCAGAUCGCCCAGGAAGAAGACUUCCUUCACAUUCCCAUGGAGCGACUGGUUUUCUUCCUUCAGAGCAACAAGUUGAAGAACUGCAGCGAGAUCGACUUGUUCCACGCGGCUAUCCGCUGGAUCCAGCAUGAUGAGGCUCGGCGAGCCAUAGCCAGCGAAGUGCUCUGCCACGUGCGCUUUCCGCUAAUGCGGUCCUCUGAGCUGGUGGACAGCGUCCAAACGGUCGGCAUCAUGGUGGAGGACGUGCGAUGUCGACAGUUUCUCUUGGAGGCCUUCAAUUACCAAAUCCUUCCGUUUCGACAGCACGAAAUGCAGUCGCCCCGAACUUCCAUUCGGUCCGAUGUCACGUCGCUAAUCACCUUCGGUGGAACGCCGUACACCGAUAACGACCGCUCGGUCAGCAGCAAAGUUUACUAUCUACCCGACGUCGUGGCACGACAGUUCAAAGAGAUAACGGAAAUGGAGAUGGGGUGCAGCCAUGCCUGCGUAUCGGUUCUGGAUAAUUUUGUAUACGUGGUAGGCGGGCAGCAUUUGCAGUACCGUAGCGGAGAGGGUGCGGUCGAUAUCUGCUUCCGCUACGACCCUCAUCUGAACCAGUGGCUGCGGAUCCAGCCCAUGCAGGAGUCUCGCAUUCAGUUUCAGCUCAACGUGCUGCAAGGGCGUCUUUAUGCCACAGGGGGGCGCAACAGAUCUGGCAGCUUGUCCUCUGUAGAGUGCUACUGCCCCAGGAAAAAUGAAUGGACAUAUGUGGAUUCCCUAAAAAGGAGGAUCUGGGGUCACGCCGGUGCUACGUGUGGGGAUAAACUUUACGUCUCCGGAGGUUACGGAGUAUCCGUUGAGGAUAAGAAGACUCUACAUUGUUACGAUCCAGCCUCUGAUCAGUGGGACUUUAAGUGCCCCAUGAAUGAGCCGCGAGUCCUGCAUGCCAUGAUCAGUGUAAAUAACCGCAUUUAUGCCCUCGGUGGAAGAAUGGACCACGUUGACCGCUGUUUCGAUGUUCUAGCUGUAGAGUAUUACGUUCCAGAGACGGAUCAAUGGACGACAGUCAGCCCGAUGCGUGCCGGUCAGUCAGAGGCAGGCUGCUGCUUACUCGAUAAAAAGAUUUAUAUAGUCGGAGGAUACAACUGGCAUCUUAAUAACGUCACAAGCAUUGUGCAGGUUUAUAACACAGAGUCGGAUGAGUGGGAACGGGAUCUUCAUUUUCCAGAAUCUUUUGCAGGAAUAGCUAGCACACCCAUCAUACUGCCUCAAACCACCACCCAACGAUAAGAGUUUCUUCAAUACAAAGCACAUAUUACUAUAUUUGCCUCUAGGCUAAGAAAGGUUGUACCCAAACAAUUGUGGUAGAAUUGAUUGGAAGGGUUUACCCAAGAAGGAUGAAAAUGGAUCAUAUGUGCUUUUAAACAUGCACCAUGAAUGAUUUAAGGUCUGUUUUUAUCAGUACGAUUACAUGACACGAACCGUUAACUGUCUAGAUCAGGGGUUUUCAAACUUUAUGAUGGCAAGGACCCCCAAAUAUGAUGAACCUUAUACAAGGGACCCCCAUACUAAAAUAUAUAUCAUUUUUUGUGUAAGAUAAACAGUAAUUUUGAUAUUAUAAAGACAGCAAAUUGUUUCCAAAUAAUUGGCUAUGUAGUAUAUAUUUGCUAUUUUUGCUUUGUCUUUUUUCUCAAAAAUUUUAUGGGGACCCCUUCGAACCUUCCAAGGACCCCAGUUUGAAAACCACUGGUUUAGAUGAACUUGUUCAGACUGUGAAGUAUCUUAUCUUACACUUCGCAGGCAGUAGAUUUAGUUACGGCUAUUUUUUUAUACUGUUGUUUAGACAAAUCCAAUGGAUACUUGCACAAAUGCCCCAUUAGGAUUCAGUUUUCAUGAAGAAUGAAAUGUUUUUGUCACACGUGAAUGAUUUAGGGCCUGUUUACAUUGAUGCGACUAACAGACACGAGCAUAAACCGGCAGGCAAUAUUUGCACAACUUAUUCCACCAAAUCAUCUUAUAAUCUUUUAUUAACUUCCUUUAUAAAAUUAGAUAACUAAAUAAAUUUUUCGGCAUCUAAACAACAAAAAAUGAUCAGCUAGCUAGCCAUAAAACAGAGGAAAUAAUAUAAUGACACAAGGUGCUUGUUCAAAAUGUGAAGUGUCCCAGUACGGGCUUCUUUAAAUUCUUAAAAUGUGUAAAUAUUUCACAAACAUAUUUGAUUGUAAAAGUCUGUAUGAGAAUAGCUUUACAAACAGUUUGCCUACAUACUCCUUAUGCUCAUGAUGUCUUUUUAAUGGACAUGACGAUUUUCUCAACAGGAUCGAUAUCGUAUGUUGCACCUCAGUUGCAUUCAUAUUUCAUCUGUAGUUAAAACCCCACUAGCAAUAUAACGGCAGCCGAAAUGAAUUUUUUUUAAACGGCAUAGAAUUAUUAUAUAUCAUAACAUAGAGGAACCAGAUGGGUAGAUCUGGGUUAUCAAUUUUGUGUUUUUGAAUGGUUUUGUAUUUUCUUAAAUGAUAAAUUGCCUGGGACAGUACCCUUUGAAAAGGUAUUUAUAUGUGGUUAGAAUCAAUAUGUACCUAAUAUGCACUCAAGGGUACCGCCCUAGUGACAACUUAUGUAUUUUUUCUGAGUGUGUAGGAACCAUUAAAGAAAAGCUGUGUACAUUUUCAUUCUGAACACUUCAGGGAUAUUUGUAUCACUACAAAGGCCUGAAUUUACACUUUGACGCAUAAUAUAAAUUGGAUAAAAUGUGUCUAACCCUUACAGGUGUUUUUUCAACUAAGCAAGCACAUUUCAUUAUGCACUUUAAUCAGUGACUGAUAUAUAAAAAAGGUGCAUUGUUUUAUUGUGAAUGUAUAAUUUGUGCUGUAUGUAUGUCUAUGGUCUGCAUAUGGAGCAACGGUUUCCCAGUUUCUUCAUUGCCAUGUUUUUUUUUUCAGAAUAUGAAUGUUUAAAACACUGAAUUAAGAAACUUCCUAAUGUGGUGGGGGUUUUUGUAACCCUUUAUAAUAAGGAUGUUUUUGUUAAUAUUAUUUGAAUACAUUAGUUUACACAAAGUAACAAUGAACAAUACUUCUACAGCAUUUAAUAAACUAAGUUAGUUAAUUUCAGCAUUUAUAAACGCAUCUGUUAACAUUAGUUCAUAUGAUCUAACACGAAUGAACAAUGAUAUAUGUUUUAAACGACAACCCUAACCCUAAAUAUCGAAAAUAUAUUGUUAAUUGUUUGUUCAUGUUAGCAAAUAUAUUAACUAAUGUUAGUGAAUGUGACUUUAUUGUUAAGUGUUAUCCAUUUUUGUUUUGCGACUUCCUAUGUUUAAAUGCAUUUGUUGUAGAUUUUUUUACUAUUACUAUUAAUUUCAUAUGAAGGAAUGUUCAGUAAUAUAAAGUAAAUUGUAAUUAAAAGCAUUUUUGGCAUGUUGUUAAUUACCACAGAAAAAAUGAUUGAUAUAAAAAUCAUGGUUACUCAGUGGGUCAUUUAAGAAAAUAUUAAAUACAAAUAAAAUAAUAAAACACAGCCAAUAAAACAAUGUAACACAUAAAAAUUGUGAUAUAAAAUCACUUGCAGUAUUAACCUUGUGUUUAAAGUUCUAACAAUAAUUUUAUUACCCUUAUUAUGGUGUCAUGGCAACAAAGUGGGAAUAAAUGGAUAUAUUCUUACAGAUGUAUGUUAUUUUGCCUUUGGUUUGACAGGACACGCAGAGGAAAAAAUUUAGGAAAGGAACUUGGAGCCAACACAGAUUAUGUUAGUAACGUGGUUUUAUCACGCAUAAAUCAUGAAAACAAAUAAACGUUUAUAUCUUGUGUAUCUUUACAUUUAUGGAAUGGCCUCAGUAAAUUUCCGAGAUAAUCAACGACAUGCCAAAAAUGCUGAGCUAUUGAAUUUGAAAUAUUUCCUUAAUGGUGAUUUUGCUUUUCAACAAAAUAAUUUUUUGUAUAUUAUUAUAUUACUUAACAUGUUACAUUAACAGUGUAUAAUUACAGCGGUGAAUGACUGUCAAUGUCAGCUCAGGGAAACUUUGAAAUGUAAAGAUGGGUGACAUCUGGAAAGGACUGUUGAGUUAUUUAUUUGACCUGUAAUCACUUCCUACAAAACUCAUUUCACAGGUCAGCCUUAAUUCGCCUGUUGAAAGCACUUUAAGUGCAGACUGAUUCUUUCAAAAUCAAAGCAUUAUUUCACAAAUAUUUUUGGAAGUUAAAAGCUUAGUCAAUGUUUAGCUCGAACAGUAAAUUCAAAUCCAUUUCAGUUUUUGUCACACAGAUGUUCAUAUAAACUUGAAGUAUUAAUACAGUUCUGAAUUUAGUGGUAUUCGUUUUUGAAAGUUCUGAAUGUAAUCUUCAUAGCACUUUUUGCAAUUACGCCUUUAUGCUUUUUGUCUUCCACAUAUAAAUAUGUUCAUGUGUUUUGCAUCUUGCUACAUCUGUUAUGUUGUGUCCUUUACAGUGUUGUCAAAAUAAAAGUUCACUAAAUGUUUA